UACACAUAAAAACUAUAAAAACUUCAAUCUUUUAACACUAUCCAAGAUUAACCUGGAUGUGGGAUGUCCCUGUAUUCCUCUAUUCACCAUUCACCACCAGGGCACCAUCACUUAGAUAGGGUGCCAAACAGCGAAAGUACCAAACUCAGUUGAAUGCUCAAACCGUUCUGUUAUCUUCCAGUCUACACCAGUACACCACCCCUAAUCCCUCAAUCUCUCUCCAUUUUCCUCAUCUUCAUCUCCCCCACUGAAAACCAAAGAGAAAACCCAGUAAAGAACAUAGCAAGAACUCAGAAAAAGGAUGAUUCUUUCCCACCUUCCCAAACUCCAAACCAAAUUCCUCCUCCCUCUAAAACCCAAAACCCCAAACCUCAAUUUUAACCCAUCUAUCCUCCCUUCAUUUCGCCACUUCCCAAUUUUCUCUCUCUUCUCCUCCUUAUCCCCAACUCUCCCUACCCUAAACCCUAAUUCCCCAACUUUACCCCAACGACAAUCAAUCAACGAUGAUGAAGAUGAAGAACAACCCCACAUUGAGAUUUCAAUAGAAAAGCUGUUUGUUCCCCCAGAAACUGACAUUUCUUCAUUGGCUUCGGGUUCGGGUUCAGUUUCGAGUUCGAGUGCUCGGAUUCUAAAGGGGUCUAACAUUGUGCUUAGCAAGUAUGCUAGUAAUUCUCAAGUGAUUAAUGCUGAGUUUGUCAAGAGUAGUUCGAAAACUGAGGAGUGCCCUGUUGAUGGGUUACCUGAGUUUGCCCUUGUUGGUAGGUCUAAUGUGGGUAAAUCUUCACUUCUUAAUUCACUUGUUCGGAGGAAGAAGCUUGCCCUUACUUCAAAGAAGCCUGGUAAGACUCAAUUGAUCAACCAUUUCCGAAUUAAUGAUAGCUGGUAUUUGGUGGAUUUGCCUGGAUAUGGGUUUGCAGCUGCACCAGGGGAGGUCAGAAUUGAAUGGGACAAGUUCACCAAGAACUACUUUCUAAAGAGAUCAACCUUGGUUUCAGUAUUUCUUCUCAUAGAUGCAACAAUUCCUGCCAAAAAGAUUGAUCUUGAGUAUGCAAGUUGGUUGGGUCAAAAUAAGAUUCCAAUGACAUUGGUGUUCACAAAAUGCGACAAGAGGAAAAAGAAGAAGAAUGGGGGUAAAAGGCCUGAAGAAAAUGUGCAAGAUUUUCAGGAAUUGAUACGUGAAUUCUUUGAAGCAGCACCUCCUUGGAUUAUGACGAGCAGUGUGACCAAUCAAGGCCGAGAUGAAAUAUUGUUGCACAUGGCACAAUUACGGAAUUAUUGGUUGAAGCAUUAAACGAUUGAAGAUGCAUCAUCAUCAUUCCUCAAUGAAUUGGAUCCGUGAUGGUUGAACCUUUGAAAUAUUUUCUAGGUAACUUAUCAGUAUAUGGACUGGAUAUGAAGGAAUCAAAACUUACCCAGAACUUGAGCUUAUUAGUGCUUUCAAUUGAAGAUGCUGGACGCAGCUGCUUCCUCGCCUUUAUAUUGCAUGAGCAACCAUCUUCCACCAAUUAUUACAGUAGGUUACAAAGGAGCAACUCCGGUACCAUGCCAGUUCAAUAGACAAGGCUAAUAAUGCUCCAGGCUUGUACUUUCUUUUUUCUUUCUAGCAUUGUCAUCACUUCUAACUUCUUGAUCAAUAUUGUACAUGUACCGUACUCUUACCAAGUUUUGUUAGGCUACUCCACUACAUACUAAUUUUUCAUUCUUGCUUU